GCUGCCAUUAUCCUUUUAGUUUCCUCUCUCGAACCACCCUUCUUCUCUGUGUCACUGAAUUUGCCCCGGAUCCUUCGUGAUAACUUCUUGUAGGCCUGAUUUCCUCGGCCAUCCGUCUAUCGGCCUGAGAGAGACCUUAGAAGUCGAAAACUGCCCCUCACUCACACCUGUGGCUGUCUAAAUUACCACCCAUCCAGUCAAGGCAAAGGGAGAGGAGACCUUCCCAGCGGAACGCAUUUGGGCGGUCGCACGGCAUCAAUACAGGGCCCAUACCAGACCCUACGCCUGUCAGGUUACAGACAGAUGAUGUGCUGAUUUCGAUCUCAAUGACACCGGUUCUUCCACUGCCUGCGCCCUCGUCAGCCAUUGCCAAACCAACCACCGUGGCGCUCAAUAACUCAACUGAAACGCUACAGAUGACAAACCUGUGCAACACCGCGUCUUUUUCGCCCUGAUCACCAUACACCCGAAGAUCAUUCUUUAUAAGUUCGUUUGUUGUUGUUGAGCGAGGAGCAGCUCUUGCACCGGCCUCUGGUAAUGCGUUCAUUGAUGACCAAGUUGUCGACUCGACUCUAUCAACAUGGCACAGAUAUGGCCACCAUCUCCAUGCGUGGAGGACGAAGAGGUGUCCCUAUCAAAGGAACUCCUGCUCAAUUCCCCCGUACCAAACCCCAAGAAUGAUGAUCAGCCAGCAGGUAGUCGAGGCUCGGUUGAUCAGUAUCCCAUCAUCAUCGACAGUGAUGACUCAGACAUAACCAGCAAGCAUCACGACUCAGACUCAGAUAAUGCCCCUUCUCAACAUCGCAGCAGUGGACGGACCAACGCGAAGUCUACUACAAAUACUGAGAAGAGAUUUGUCUUGUUCUCUCCUGAAAGAUCUGAGGUUGAGGAAGAAUCCCCUCUUGAGAAUCUGCAUAGGUCUAGAUCUACUACCCAGUUGAAUAUACCAGAGGAACACAGAGGGAGACCACAAGUGACAAGGAUCCAUACAGAUUUUGGCCCAGGUAGAGGAAACAUGGCAGCUGACCAUCGCCGAGAGCCAUCGCCAUAUGCGUACAGCCAUCCGUCCACAAUGGAGUCGACAUCUGCUGGACCACAUUCCGGGAUCAACCUAUUGUCACCUAUGGAUGCUCACAGAUCAAGAAGGUCUCUACCUGGGCAUCAACGCAGUCGUCCUCCGCCGCAACAUGACAGCAGUGACUCGGAGCAUGGUUUCAAGUCGAAGAGAAGGUCUGAACGAAGUCGGAGUCGGGCUCCUAGAAAAAGCUUUUCGCAGCCUGAUCGACCAGACUUUGAAAAGACGAAGACCUCCAGACAUACCCAAGACGAUUCUAGAAGGACAACUGAAGACUUCAGCCACAAAGCUCGUCGUCACCGCAGUCCAGCUCCAACCCCGGGAGGCUUCGUCGGUUAUAGCUACACCUCCCAAGAACAUAUCACCCCUCCACAGAGCCCCAAACCUCUUUCGGGAUCUACUCGAUCUUCUGCAUCGGAGUCCGUAAGAGAUCAUGCAUUAUUCAGGCGUGGUGCUGACCAAGUCAUCACCGAUUCACCUUAUACUUCCUCGGCAGAUGAAGGACACACUAGAAGACAGACCUCUGGAGAUGAGAAGCGAGAGAAAGGUGUAGCUCGUACCCGAAGAGCUUCCUCACGAUCUCACCUUCAGGAGCUCGACAGGUCUUCGGUGAACCGAGCCGCGUCUAGACAUCGCGAUCGAGGGCCGAGAGAUAUGCCAUCGCGUGAGCCAGUGUCGUCCGACGAGCGACCUCGGCGCGAACUACAUACUCCUCUCUCUGCUCGAACCCCGAAAGCCACAGAGGACUACUUCAGCAGAGCUCUCAGCACCAAGCCAAGUAGACGGCCUGGCCAUAGCGAUGAUCACUCACGACCUGUGUCACCACUGGGUUCUCCCCCGGCAAGCCCUCCACGUACGCCCCGUGGGGACAAGGUAGCAAGGCACGAUUUUCAGCCGCCUUUAAGCGCUGCAAAUACUUCAAAACCGAGAUCUCGGCCACCUUCCCUGGAUGAUAGCCACUUCAACGGUCUCAAGCCACUCACCACACUCCUUAGCGCGGCGACGUUAGGUGCUUCUUUAGCAAAGGCCAUUCCGAACUUGUCGAGAUCCACCACUUCUGUUAACACCGUGGAAUCUCUUAGUAGUGGGAGUCAAAGUAGGCCAAGUAGUGGACAGAGAUCACGGAAGGCUUCGCCAGAUAUCUUGAUAAGAACUACCUCACUGCCAAGUAGAGAUGACGCUCAGCCACUCCGCACCACAACCUAUUCUAUACACGAAGACAGGACAGUGCAGAGAAGCUCGACUUACACGCCUACCAUUGUUGAAAGUCCUCGAACAGCCUCACGAGCUUCAUCUUAUUCAUACUCACCGGAGACCUCACGGCCUGCUGUACCUCAUAGAGCGAUGUCUACUACGUCAACACAAAGUUUUCAGCAGUAUCUCAAUGUUACAUCACAGCAGCCUGUGGUCUCAGCACCAGUGACUCCUGACCCGGUCAACAUGCCCUCAGCCAUAACACCUCGGCCUAGCGUUCCAUCGCAGUGUCCUAGAUCGACGCCGGUUGCCGGACUAUACGAUUGGUAUACUAUUCGCGACAUGUCGUUUCUUGACUUCUGUCCAUCAUGUAUGAACUUCCUCGGUGGGACUCGUUUUCGAGACUACUUCAUUCCUAGCAUGCCUAAAGAUCUUCGACGACCAGUCCAAUGCGCCAUGAGCAUGCCAUGGGUUCGUCUUGCAUGGCUCCAGUGUGUCAAGAAUGAUAAAAAGGAUCUUUCCCUCGUUUGGGAUUUGACUCAACCUCCUCCGGAAGGAACGAGAGCUUGUCCUGGUUCUGCUCCCGAGCACAGAAGAUGGUAUCACUUGACCGACCCAAGGAACAAGCGGCCUGUGGAAGGAUUUGAUAUAUGCUCAGCAUGUGUCAUGAAGAUUGACAUGACCUUUCCUCAACUUCGGUCCUACCUAUUUGACAGGCCCCGAGACAAACUCAAUGAGGAGAAGGUUUGCAGUGUCGCAAUCAGCAGUCGACACUUUUGGCCAAUCCUCGCGGAAUUAGAACGGCUGGCAGAACGCCGGUCCAGAGAGUCUUUAAGACAGAGAGACAUAAUCGACUUUGUCGAUUACAUUCGACGAGUCUCUCGCCAUCGCGAAUGUACCAAAGACACUAUGUUGGCAAUGACCGCAUGGCAUUUCAUCCCUGAUCUCCCAGAAUUCACAAUUUGUGAAGAUUGCUUCCACGAGGUAGUCUGGCCUCUUAGAGACCGCCCCAUCGCACGGGAGGUGUCCAAGACUUUGAAGGUUGUUCCUAAUCUGCAAAGAAAUCAAUCCUUACACGGAAUAAGCUGUCAACUAUACAGUGACCGUAUGAGGAGAAUCUUUCAUGAAGCCGUCUCCAGGAACGAUUUUGAGAGCCUCAGAGCAGCAGCAAGGCACCGAUAUAGCAUGGAGCAUAGGCUGCAGGAACUUCAAAGGCGUUAUGAGAUGGAUGAACAGGCAGGAUGGGAUAGAAGGACGGAGAUGGAACAAAAUAUAACGAUUUGGAAGUCGAUUGAAUGACUUACGAUUCAUGCGAAAUGAUUUAACGGCCGAACGAGAAUGAAAACUAAUGCUGGGACCUGGGAAAAGCGAUCAACUUUACACUAAAUUGUACUAGGUAGCUUUCUGUAGGCUCAACCAAAGGGCUCUUUGGACUUCCUCCAAU